CACUUGCCUUCAGGACUGGCAGAACAAUUAGCUCUCUCUGUAGAUUGCUUUUUUUUUGUUUGCACACUUAAUGUUGCCGGCCCCUUUGGCCGGCCCUGUGGUUUUCAGCAUGCCCUGCCUUUCUCCAUCUCUCUCUCUCUUCCUUUCUGAAACCAGGCAUGCUGUUAUCCUGAAGGAGUCAGAGACCAGGCUGUGUGGCAUUGGCUGUGUUUUUCAGCUAGUUAAUCUGACAGUUGCCUACUGUGCCGAGUUGCUAGGAGAAGGUGAAUAGUCGCAAUUAGAGCAUGCUCCUUCAGUGGCAACCUGUAGAGCUCUAAUUUCCUUUGUGCAGGGGAUGAGUAUGCGGCUGCAAAAGCUGGCUUGCGCUCCGUCUAUGCAUUCAGCACAUUUGUGCUACUUCUGUCCUCCGCAAAGCAAUUCAGAGUCAACUUGAAAAGGCAUAAGUGCGGGCACCAGGCAGAUGUUCCUUUUCAGAGGGCGGGCUCGGAUUUGAUAUUGGCCACCUGCUUCCUGAUUGCAUCCUUGCUUCAUGAACAGCAGAGUGCAGGCUUCCAUCUCUCUCCUGCACCGCCUAGGCAAUUGCAGUUCUUUUGCGAUGUCCAAAAGAUUCCGGUAGAUUUUGAAAAACAGAUUCAAACAGCCAACGACGUGUUCCAGUGCACAGAACUCUGGCAGUUAGUCUGUAGCAAAGGCAAGUAAUGGGAAGUAUGUGGAUGCGUUUCAGGGGUGGGGGAAAGUCCUUCCACGGUUGGCUAGUGAUACAUUUCCUGCCUCAGUGGAUUUAAUCUUUGGGGAGAUCAGAAGGGCUGCCUGCAUGUGGGGCUGGUAAUUUGGCUGGCCAACUGAAUAGGCAACUAAGGUAGAAGUGCUUCUCUGCUCUGCAAUUCUGAUUAGGUGUCGAGAGAGAAAAACGGAGCAACCAUCUAACAUGUACGGAUCUUCUGGCACGUGUGCUGGGUGGCAGGAGCUUUUUCCGUCCCACUGCUGAGCCUAAUUUGAAUUCAGUUGCUUGGGCCAUGGGCUCCACAGGUCCAGAGGGAACUCAGAAAAUGGACAGCACUCCUCUGAAGUAUCCAAUAGGAGGUCAUACAGAGAAAAUGUGGCAACGCCUGAAAGGGAUACUAAGAUGUUUAGUGAAGCAGCUGGAGAAAGGUGAUGUGAACGUAGUUGAACUGAAGAAGAACAUUGAAUAUGCAGCAUCUGUUCUGGAGGCAGUAUACAUUGAUGAAACCAGGAGGUUGUUGGAUACAGAGGAUGAACUAUCAGAUAUCCAAUCAGAUUCCGUUCCACUGGAAGUGCGAGAUUGGUUAGCAUCUACCUUUACAAGGAAAAUGGGAAUGACGAAAAGGAGACCAGAGGAAAAACCAAAAUUUCGAAGCAUCGUGCAUGCUGUACAAGCUGGGAUCUUUGUGGAAAGAAUGUAUCGAAGAACAUCUAGCCUGAUUGGUUUGGCUUAUCCAGAUGAAGUAAUAGCAACUUUUAAGGCUGUUGACAAAUGGUCAUUUGAUGUAUUUUCCUUAAAUGAAGCAAGUGGAGGCCACAGUCUGAAAUUUAUGAUGCAUGAAUUGUUUACUAGAUAUGAUUUAUUGAGCCGUUUCAAGAUUCCUGUUCCAAGUCUUAUUUCAUUUGGAGAAGCUUUGGAAAUUGGCUACAGCAAGUAUAAAAAUCCAUACCACAACUUGAUCCAUGCUGCUGAUGUUACCCACACUGUACAUUGCAUCAUGCUUCUGACUGGGAUCAUGCACUGGCUCACUGAACUGGAAAUAUUAGCCAUGAUUUUUGCAGCUGCAGUUCAUGACUAUGAACAUACUGGGACUACAAACAAUUUCCACAUUCAGACCAGGUCAGACGUUGCUAUUCUGUACAAUGAUCGCUCUGUUCUUGAAAACCACCAUGUUAGUGCUGCUUAUAAGAUUAUGCAAGAAGAGGAAAUGAAUAUUCUGGUGAAUCUAACAAAAGAUGAAUGGAGGGAACUGCGCAACCUGGUUAUUGAGAUGGUUUUAUCUACUGAUAUGUCUGGGCAUUUCCAGCAAAUCAAGACGAUGAGGCACACUCUUCAGCAAACAGAAGGGAUAGACAAAGCCCGAGCCAUGGCCUUGAUCCUCCAUGCUGCUGACAUCAGCCAUCCGUCAAAAUUGUGGGAUCUGCACUACCGAUGGACAAAGGCCCUGAUGGAAGAAUUUUUUCGACAGGGAGACAAAGAGGCAGAGCUAGGGCUACCAUUCUCUCCACUCUGUGACCGGAAAUCCACCAUGGUGGCACAGUCCCAAAUAGGUUUCAUUGAUUUCAUAGUGAAACCAACAUUUGCUCUUCUUACUGAUUCCAUGGAGAAAAUAAUUUUUCCUCUCAUAGAGGAAGCAUCGAAGUCCGAAAGUUCUACCUUUGUGACAACACCAAGUGAAAAUAGUACAGGAAGUACCAGCAGUGAUAUACACAAAAAGAUAAGUAUAAAAAAUGCUGCAUGUGUUGGUGGGACCUGCUCAGAAAACGCUUUGGCAAUGGUGGAUUUAAGAAGCUUUAAAGACAACCUAUUCCAGAACAUACAGGAAAACAAAGACAGGUGGAAAGAUUUAGCAGAAAAAGGGGAGCCUAAUCUCAGUGAGAAUUCUGAAGAGCCAAUGAAAGAGCCAGAACUGAGCAGCUAGGACAACGGUACCUUCAUUGUUUCUGCUCAUUUUCAGACCAAGAGGAUGAACUGAACAGCAAGAAAGUGUCUUCAUUCUACACAAGGCUGCUAUCUCUUCUACAAUUCAAGGCAUUGAUUGCAGCUAUCAAGAACUUAUUUGAUUUCUUCUUCAGUUCUUCUAUGAUCCUUUAACAUAGCUGGAAUACAUCUUCAGCCAAAAUAUUUGUUAGACACACACACACAGCCAUUAUGGAAUGACUGCUGAAGGGAGGAAGUGCCUGAUUAGCAGAAACUUUCUGGAAGCUUCCUCUGAGCAGAUUACUUCAUUUGGAGAUGAUUAAGAGGACUGUGGACUAGAUCUCAAGGUGCAAUUAGUGUAGACAGCUGCAAGCUGCUUCUCUGCUGUCUUGUUAAUUAAUAACAUAUCCAGAUGUACAGAUUUUUGCUUUUAUAGAAUUAUGGGGUUGAGGGUUUAGAAAAGCUGCACUAAAACAUACCAAGAAUUCUAGAAAGCCCCUUGAAUAAGUAGUGAUGGUUUUGUAGGUAACUAAUGAGGUAAACCUCUGGUCUUUUACAUAACCAGCCUUAUUUCUGAAGGGUAUAAAAAUAUCUGUUUAAAAUUAGUAAAACACGGCUACGUCAAAUUGUAUGAGAAGAUCAAAUGCUAGUUGCUGGGUCAGACUCUUGGAAGAAGCCAUGACUUAGCAGCUAAGCAUGUAGGGGGUCCAUAAUGCAAACUCUGGUGCCAGAGAAAAACAACUUGAGACUUCAGGGUUGUGUGAAAGACCACAAUCUAGGAGCUUGUAGAACUGCGGACAGCUCAAGUCAAGCUCACUAGACUAGGUAAGCCAACGCUUUGUUUCUUUUUAACACAUUCAUAUUGCAGACCUCCUUGGUAAAUAUGCCAAGGAAAUACCGCAUGGAAUUUUUAAAUACACCUGAAGUUGUUUUCACCCUGUAGACAGAAGCCAGCUGGAGCCUUUUCUCUUCUUCCCACUGAGGGAAGUAGCAAAAACCAAGAAUUGAGAAGCGCUCUUCCUGCUUAUUUCUGGCUUUCUCACUUUGGAGCUGGUUGCUCUCCACGCUUUUGGGAGGCUAAAAAGCAAGAGCCUCAAUCCCAUUAUGAAACUCAUGUCAAAGGGAUCACCGAAGCCAUAUAUGAGCUGUGCCUAUUAGAUACCAGCUAGCUGAUUUGAAGGAAAGCUUGGGUGAAUGGAUUGAAAUGAUAAUAAUAAUUUAAAAAGCAUGUGGCAACUCUUUCUGUCAAAAAGGCAGAGCUUGUAUUUAGCAUUGACUUUGUGCGCCAUAUACCACAGUGAAACGACCUUUGGAAGAACAAAGCUGUCUGAAAUGUUCUAUGACAGAACUUACACUUUUGCUGAAGUGUUUUCUCUCUUUUUACCCUGUAUGUGAAUGUGCCUAUGUAUGUAUACGUAAUCCUGAGUAUAAUAUACCCAUACGCUGCUACUAUCAAGUGGCGCCAAGAAUUUGGAUGAUUCACCGUGUCUUUGUGCUGUCACUGAAUUAUUUUCCCAUGAUUAAAAAUAACCAUUCUCAUGAAUGGUUUGCAUCGAGAAGCUUCAAGAGAUAUCUAUCAACCCAUAGGAAUAUAUUCUUUCAUUAAUCCUAGGGAUUUCUCAGGAAAAUACUUGUAGACUUUUCAACCUGGAGCCCCAUGUGCAAAAUGGAGAUGUCUACUUCUUCUGGCGGGAAAGGGAGUUUCUUGACAUCUUUUCCUUGUAUGGGACUAUUCAGCAACAGCAAAGAGAUCUCUAGUUUUAUUUUGGAAGCCCUCAUAUAAUGCCUUAAUUAUUUAGGAUUAAUCUUUUUUUGCUCACCUGCAUGCUUGUAGUCAUCUCGCCCACCGAGGGUAGGGCAGUUCAAAUUAAAGCUUUGCCAAGCAUGAGGCUUCAACAGGAAGAAAGGCCAUUAUCUUCUGUCAAAUAUGAUGCCGUUUGAACUGUAAUUCCAUAUGAAUGCCAUCAUCUGGUAGAUGUACUGUGGGUUUCUUUAAAAGCAUUUGUUUUAGCACCUCUUGGAACAGGCUCUUUGACAACAAGAAACAUUUGACCUCCUAUCAUUCUCAGAACACCGAGGCCAAUCUAGCAGGAGUAUACAUUUUGUGGUCUUUGUUUUACACUUUUGCAAAGGUUGUAUUUAGUUUUAUGCUACCAAUGAAAAAUGAUAGCAGCUACUGAACAUAAUCUCAUAAUUUUGAUAUAUAUAUAUAUAUAUAUAUUUUGGCAGAGGAGAAGCAAAUGCAGUGAACUCAAUCCCAUUAAGAUCUGUUUUUGCAAAGUUUGUUUGGGGUUUUCCCCCUAUAUGUUGCCUUAUAUUGAAAAGGUCAUAAUUUCAAUUGGGACAAAUAUUUAAAACAAGCAAGGUAUGGAUAGUGGCAAGUCUUAGAAUCCUAAUUCGAAACCAUGCUCUUCCAUUUCAUUUGCUUGUCAGUAAAACAGAAAUACUGUGAAAAUCCCUGACGCACAACAUGCUUAUUAAUGUUUGGGACUAGAAAAUGGGGAGGAGGGUACCCAUUCUCUACAUAUUUUCUUUGUUUUGUUUUAGUUUUAGGCUGUUUUUUUAAACACUGUGAUGGGCUUCAGUAAAAUAAAGUUUUUCCUCCACAGGUCUUUUAAAUUUCUCUCAACAUUAAUAUUGAAUUGGGACCACAUUACUUGUUUAGUUUCAUAAUGAUUUUUGCAGCAUAUGUCUUGUCUGAUCUGGUCUUUUCUAUACACUUAUAGUUAGUGUACAUUGUCCUUUCCAGAGCCACCUAGUAUGAGUUGUGCAAUAAGUAAAUUUGUUCACAUGGAUUGCCACAGGUCUGCCAUGUUUAAAUUUUGGGGAGCAUUGUGGGAACUUAAAAUGGUGGCCUGAUCUUUUCACCUCGCACUCCUCAGAGUAUAGCUGAAUAGACAUAGGGGUAUACUUUCCAACUUUUAUUUUGUAUAUAUUUAUCUUGAGAUUUCUGGCAUACUUGUAUAAUAUAAACAUGAAUUGUAAUUUCAGCAUUUUAAAAGAAUUAAUUUUUAGUGUGGCAAUCCUCAUGGAACGUAUGGGGGCCUUUUUCUGCUGUAGUUGCCUAUGAUAAGAUGUCUAAAUAAAUUAUAUUGGAAAG